GUGAUCGUAGAGAAGGCCCCGAAGGCACGGAUCGGCGAUUUGGACAAAAAGAAGUAUUUGGUUCCAUCGGAUCUGACUGUCGGUCAGUUUUAUUUCCUGAUCCGAAAGCGAAUCCAUUUGAGACCAGAGGACGCGCUGUUCUUCUUCGUGGAUAACGUGAUUCCUCCGACGUGUGCAACGAUGGGAACCCUCUAUCAGGACCAUCACGAGGAGGACUUCUUCCUCUACAUCGCGUACAGCGAUGAGUCCGUCUACGGACACAACCCUACAACCCAUCCCUCCCUCCCGACCCAUCACUAA